CUGGGUACGAGUGUGUGUUUUACCGAUAUAAUGAACGAGUCGGUUUGAAGAAAUUUCACUGUGCUAACCAUUUUAUAUGCUACUGCUACGGAACUGCGGUAAACAUACUAGAUAUUUAACAACAAUGACGAUCCAACAAGCGAAGCAAGUGUGGCAAAAAGCGGACGCUGUAUGUUUUGACGUAGAUAGCACAGUCAUUAUGGACGAAGGUAUCGAUGAACUUGCCGCAUUUUGCGGACGAGGGAAAGAAGUCUCGGAAUGGACUACAAGAGCAAUGGGAGGAGGUAUACCAUUCAGAACGGCACUCAGAGAGAGACUGAGCAUCAUUAAUGUGUCAGAGGAAAAGCUUCACAGUUUUAUAGAGAGGACUCCUCUUCGUCUCACACCAGGAAUAAGGGAACUAGUAAAAAGGCUUCAUGAACAAGGCACUGCAGUUUACCUUAUAUCAGGUGGAUUUAAAAGAAUCAUUGAACGUGCUGCAGAGCAACUCAAUAUACCCAAUGAAAACAUCUUUGCAAACAGGCUGUUGUUUGAUGAUGAAGGUCAUUUUGCCGGUUUUGAUGAAAGCGAGCCUACUUCUGAUUCUGGCGGAAAGACAAGAGUCGUGAAGCUUUUGAAAGCAAAGUAUGGAUACAAAAGGUUGGUCAUGAUUGGAGAUGGAGCUACAGACUUGGAGACAUACCCCACUGCAGACACCUUUAUUGGCUUUGGAGGAAAUGUUGUCCGGGAAAAGGUGAAAUUGCAGGCUCCGUGGUUUGUGACUGAUUUUAGAGAGCUCCUACAAGAGCUUCAAACUUCUCAAAAUGGAGUGAUUUCCAAAGAAACUGAACUUCUUAACGGAGUAAAUGGCAAAGAAUCUGAACAGCUACUUAAUCAUGUUAAUGGAGUGAACGGAAAAACAAAGCAUCAAAAUGGAACUAUAUAUUGAACAUCUUCAUAUUAUUUCAUAUGAAUUUUAGCAAGUGGAUCUUGUUAAGUUAUUUAAUUUAUGCAUACAAUUCCUUUAAAGCAGACAUUUUACCCAGAUUUUAUAUCUGACUUGAAUAUUUAUUACCAAUGAAAACUAGAAGUAUUUCUGUCUGGUUCUAUUGUAUUGAUCUGACGUCAACAUAUCAGACAAAAAUAUUGCAAUGUUUUUACCGAAGUGUUUCAGCAAACCUUUAGUUGCAUCUUGUCAGAGGGUUUUAAAUUUCCUUAGUUAGGAUAUGAAAGAACUUUUAACAUUUGAGUUACAACAGUUUUAAUCCAUGGUUAUUCAAAGUUUAUUGGGUGUCUGAUUAUAAUUGUUUAAUUGAUGAAAAUAAUUAUUAACUUAUUUUGUGACCAGAUGUUGGUUCUGGCUGGUAUAAUAGUUGUAUCUUGGUGGUACAGAGAACUCUGAAAAACCUGCUAUAUUAUUCUAGGGUCAUAUCAAUCAGAGUUCUACUGUAUCUAAUCAAUAACUGUAAUUACAGCUUAAAUCAUAUUAAUAUUAUCUUUGAAUUAUUGCUACAACACAUGCAUAAAUGAGGAUAAUUUGAAAGAAAUCAUGAUGAAUCACAAUGAAUUAUUUCUACUUCCGUGUGUACUUCUUAAAUGUUUUGAUAACCGUGUAAUUUCACCUUGAGAUGUUUGUGGUAAAGUAUACUUUUUCUAUAUAA